AAGUGAUAUUGGAAUUUGUGAAAACGUACAUUGAUCUCAUACACAACCAGUGAGGUAGCUACCGUCUUCGUGGUUGGAAACGGGUACAACCCGUAUACCUUCAGAAACAAGUGUCCUGUGUGAAGGUACUUAAGGUGUUCACUGACUGAAAGCAGGCAUGUCGUCAACAUCCCAGAAACACAAAGAGUUUGUGGCAGAACCCAUGGGGGAGAAGCCAGUCAAUGCACUUGCUGGCAUUGGAGAGGUGCUUGGCAAGAGACUGGAGGAGAAGGGCUUCGACAAGGCUUACGUGGUCCUGGGUCAGUUCCUGGUGCUGAAGAAGGAUGAGGAACUAUUCCGGGACUGGCUGAAAGACUCAUGUGGGGCCAAUGUCAAACAGCAGGGUGAUUGCUAUGGCUGUCUGCGUGAAUGGUGCGAUUCUUUCCUGUAGAGAAGGUUUUGUUUUUUUCCAUUUUAUAUAACGUUUUCCCAAACAUCUAUUUACUUCUGGUCUCACAUUAAAUUUCACUUCAUAUGGGAACACUGCACAUGAGGCAGUUGAGCAAAGUCAUACAUUGGAACACCUGGUUAUUUUAUUCGAGUCACAAUUCAGAGACCUAUGGAUGCUUAAAAAUUAGUAAGACAUACUUUGCUGCAGUCAUCCAUGGGGUUGUUUCACCCAACUGUGUAGAUCUGUAAUCCUGACCUUUUCUAUGAUUAAUAUCUUUGGCUGUACAGAAGCCUUGGAUGAGUUAAUUUGUUUUCCUGCACUUUAUAUUUAAAAUUUGUUCUGUCAAAUAACCACUUUUUAUAAUUACUAUCCCUUCAUAAAUGUAUAACUAAUGCUUGUACUUAUCUCCAACUCUGACAGUUUGCCCCUGCAUUUAGUUAAAUGAACUUGUCGCUAAAUUAAUUAAUAGCAUUUUAAACCAUUUGACACCACAUGGCUUUGACAUCUAUAAGAUGUUGCACUGUUCAUUUUACAUCUGAGUUUACAGGAAACCGUUUUAAGAUUUACAUUUGUAAUUGCCCCAUGUUAUCUUAUGUGUUUGUUUUAAGAGAUGUUGAAGCGAUGCCUUAACGUUGUAAUGCUCAAGCAACAUGUAUCUGUAAUGUACCUUGAGUUGUGGAGCAGUGCAUGCGGAUUAAGAAGCUAGCUACUACAAAUCACCUCAUUUUCUAACUUCACACAAAUGAAAGCCUGAAGUAAAACCACAGUAAGUAGCACUUUUUCAGGAAUUCAUUUAUGAGCAUACUUGUGUUGCUCUCUGUUUAAUUGUUGAAGGAUGGUUUUACUGAAACACUGGUUCAUGUUUUUGCAUAUUGACAGUGAAAGCAUGUUAGUUUUUUUCUUUUCUUUUGAAAUAAGCAACUGCAAGAUCUGGACAAUUCUGACUUUGUUUUGUUUUUUGAAGAAAAAAAAACAAUAAAAUUACAUGCACAAAUA